GACCAUGUUUGUAUGUGGCUUUAUUUACAUUUUUUUUAAAAAGUUGUUUACAAACUGAUAUCACUAAAGUCAGAGUUUGCAGGUUCAGUUGUCUUGAACUCACUAAAGUCAGAGUUUGCGGUUCGGAGUUCCCAGUUGUCUUGAACUCACUAAAGUCAGAGUUUGCAGUUUGGAGUUAACAGUUUUAAUGCCAAAAUAACAUGCAAAACAGGCAAGCCCCAAAAAACAAAUGUGGGGCUCAAAACAGGGACCUGCCCUGAAUGACGGGGCGUCACUGGCGAUGCCCGUUCUGUCACAGACGCCAUAACGGCACGGAUACACAGAUGUCACAGCUUUCCAUCUCUAUGGGCAAGACAAGAUAGGACCUUUCCUCUUAAAGAGGAACUUGUCUACCAUAAUGAAAACAUUAUAAACUGCCAAUUGAGGUGCUACAGGAGAAGUGAAGUCAGUUAUGUAUUUUAUUAGCUAGAAUGAACCAUUUUAGAGUGAAAAUUACAUUCAUUUUUUUUAUUGUGAAGACAACCCUCUCUGGGGGUUGGGGGAAGACUUUGUAGGUGCGGCUUCCGGAAAAUGUUCAGUCCUCAAUGUUCCGGGUGAAACGCAGCAAACUGACGAGCGUUUUACUUCCUGUAGUCCCAGCUGUCACAUGAAGCUAGUUGUCUGCUGUUAGACAUGCACUGAUUAAAAACACUCAAAAACGAUGACUUCGUCUGUAAACGGAAGAGUAUUGGAUGAAGAUAUGGACAAUCAAAUUGUACAGGCUGUGUGUGUAGAGGAUGGGAUAGGGCUGGUGUCGGGGUCGAUCGGGAUGUCAGACUUCUCCGAUGAGAUCUUGUUAAGUAUCCUGGUCUAUGUCUCGACCUCUGACCUCGUGAAUAACGUUUCCCGGACCUGCCGCAAGCUACACACGCUCUGCUAUGACAAGACACUGCUGACCACGGUCACACUGUCUGAAGAAUACACGGCAGAUGACGGCGCUAUUCGCCAGGUGCUGAAGCAUCUAUCCAAUCACGUGCAGUCCCUCAGCCUUAGCGGCUGCUAUUGGCUGUCGGGUUCUACCAUCGACCGUCUGAUUCGCUGUCGCUCCCUGGUGCGUCUGGACCUAUCAGGUUGUCGCGUGACCUCCCUGCGUCUGUCCCGCCUCCUCUCCUCCCUCCCUCUCCUCCGAUCUCUCGCUUUUGACGUGUCGCCUGGCUUCGAUUCCGCCCAGCUGAGUGGCGAGGCCCGUGAUUCGCUGUCUCGGCUGUCGGAGCUGAGACAGACGGUGUUGACGCCCAGUUACGGCGUUGUCCCCUGCUGCUCCGGCCUCUUCAGUCUACAGCUGCAGCUGGACAUACCUGACGUCACCAGGGAGGGUACCAGUAUGUCUUGCCAGUUGAUGAUGGGUCAGAGCAGUGUCCCUCACUACCAACAGCUGGAGGAGUUUACUGCCCGCCUGGCGCCUGGAGAGGUGAACCAGACUCUACUCCUCCUCUACCUCGCUGUGUUCAGUGUUCGUGUUCCGGAGCGUCUCCGCUCCUUCCUGGUUUCAGUUCCUGGUCCAAACCCCGCCCACUGGCCUGCUGCGUCCUCAUUGGCCCAUAGCCUCGUUCAGCAUGGCGACCUGGAAGCCCUGCAGUUGCCUCGGUCCUGGUUGGACGCCACGUCGCUAGGACGGGUCCUUCUUAGCAACGCUCCCAAACACCUGAACUUCUCCCGUUGCCCCACGUUACGACAAACUGUCAUCCAAUCGCUGACUGGCACCGGAGUGAGAGACUCGACGCGAUUGGUCAGCCUGAAUCUUAGUGGUAUAGGCCACACCUCCAGUUAUCCAGAGUGCAGUAGAGCGCGGGGAGAGGAGGAGCUUGUUGCCGAGGCGAUGAGCCGGCUGGUUAUUGGCUGUCCCAAUCUGUCACACCUCAACUUGUUACACACGCACUAUCACCACGACAACACACACACGCCUGGGCUGGAGGCCAACACACACCUGUGUACCAGCCUGGCCAAACUCACACACCUCCGGUCGCUGGCGCUGCCCGCCUGCGCCCUGUCGGACGGUUCACACACACCGUCCCCUUCCCCGUCCCCGUCCUCUCUGCUGCUGGGGCUGAGGAAGCCGUCCCGCGUCGGGCUCCAGACCUACAGGCCAGGCUCCGAGGACUCUCUCCCCAGGGAGGGCACCUCUGGGCUGGGUACCCUGCUGGCCGGCUGCCCCUGUCUGGAAGUUCUGGAGUUAACAGGACCGGGCUUCAUCUCCGCCCUGCCGCGUCUUGAGCCCUGCGCCAGGGUGUGUGUGGAUCAGAGGACGUGUGUGAACGCUGGCGGGGUCGGGGACACGCACGUCGCGGCUCUCCGGGGUUUCCGCGGGCUGCGGAGGCUGACGCUGGCGGGGCUGCCGGGGGUCCUGAAGGGGACCGGGUUGGUACAGGUGGCUGAACACUGCAGGGACCUACGGGCAUUAUCUCUGGCCAACCUGGGGUCCUUAAAGACCUGGAACUACAGCGCCGCCCUGCUGGACACACUGAGGAACUGCACCCAGCUCACCCAGCUACGGUUGGAGCAGCCCUACCUGGUGUGUAACGGUGCAUUCUGGGAGGCGUUGUCAUGCUGCUCUCGUCUCCGCCGCCUCUGUCUCAUCUCGCGGAACGGAACCUUCCACCCCGCUGCCGUGGUUACCUUCAUGGAGUGCUGCCGUGACGUCAUGGUGUGUCACAUGUUCUUGGGCGGAACUCUGGUGGCGUGUCGCACGCUACAGAAAACACUGCUAGACCG